CUCGCCAUGGGUCUCGUCCUCUCCUGCGGUUGCCUCUGCCGCAGCCGUAGCCGUAGCCGUAGCCUGUCGCCGCCACCGCCCUCGGAUAGGCUGGAUGUUCAUCCAUCGUUCUGGAAAUGGGAGACCGAGCCGGAGCGCGGCCGCGUCUUCCGCUGCUUCGACACCGACGGCGACGGACGACACCUCUCGGCCGCGGAGAUAAGGGAAUUCUACGGGUGCGGGAAGGCCAAGGAGACGGUCGCCGCGGCGGAUAGGCAGAACGGGGACGGGUUCCUCAGCAUCGAGGAGCUCCGCGCGGUGAUGGAGGACGGGGAUUCGGAGGCGCUGCAUGCGGUGUUCGACGAGUACGACGAGGACAGCAUCGAGGAGCUCCGCGCAGUGAUGGAGGACGGGGAUUCGGAGGCGCUGCAGGCGGUGUUCAACUAGUACGACGAGGACGGGGACGGUGUGGUCACGGCGGAGGAGCUGCGGCGCGCGAUGCAUAGGCUCGGCGGGGUGGAUCUGACGGCCGAGGAGUACGCGGAGAUCGUCGCGGCCACGGACAGC